AUGACCGGACAUGUUCAAGGACGUCACGCCGCUCAUCGAAGCGGCGGCCUCAAGAAGCUGCUCAUUGAUUUGCACGCGUUCCAGCUUCGCCUGAAAGGCUGGGGUGAGGAUGUGAUCUUCGUUUGUGGACCAUUGAUCACGGACAACUUCAGUUAUUCGAUCUAUGACGAGCUCACCGCGUACAUAGACGGCACGUACAGCAGCUUUGACCCAUCGCUAGACCCUCGGCACUUCAUAACCGGCGAGCAGAAAUUCAAAGACGACCGUGUUCUAGCGGUGCCAUUAAUCUCCGACUUGCUCACCACCUCGAUCGGCGGCGCGAUGCAUCUACUCAAGGCACUAGAGAAGGAAGGGAUGCUCAGCAUCGAGGAGGAGGACAAUGGUGGCAUCGAUCCAGCGACAGCAGCGAAGUUCAAGGAGGCACUGACAUGGGUUGGCAUGGAUAUUGCUCGCAUGAUCCUCGGCAAUGAGAGCUUUUUCGCUAACGGCAAACCGCCUGCUAGCCCAGCAGAGUACCUGAAGCUGUUGUUUCAACAGGUGGGCGGGGCGCUAGCUGUCGAUUCCACUAAACGGUAUCAGCAAAGUGGUCGAACACGCAAAGAGCAGAAAAGCCGUCUGCAGGCCGAGCACGACACCGGUGCAAGACGACUGAAACCCCGGGCACCUGUACAGACCAUGUUCAAGAGGAGGUAUGCGCAUCAGGCGGAGGAGCAGAUAGACUUGUAUGUGUUGCAGGAGACAGUCCAUCUCGGAAUGACCAGUCGAAAGCUGGGCAACGAUGGUUCCGGCCACGCAAGGAAAGGGUUCAUGCUGGCAAGGAUCAAAGAUGAGGCACGGGUAUGGAGGAUCAGGCAACAAGCUGCGAUGGCGUGCACACCACAACGACAGGCACCUGUGAUUGACCCGGCCGAUGUUCUCGGCCAAGCCUCAACUUGA